UCAUCAUCGUCACCACCUUCGACUCUGGUUGUACGACGCCCAACAUAUACCAAACCUUUAGAAUUUAUCUGUUAACUUGUCCAAGUCAUCCAAGGGCUGCCUGACGCCCUUUACCAGCAAUGAAUCCAGUCAGGAUCAAUCCGCUGUCCUUUUGUAGAAAAGGGCAGUCCCGGCUAUGGUCUCAAUGUCAGGCAACCUCGUCAGCAAUUCGUCGAAGAGGCGUCCAAUCUCAGGCUUUUCAACCAUUUAUUCCUCCGCCUCCUAGCUCCCUCCCAAAACCGCGCCCUCCCAAGACUUAUCGACGAACACGAAGAUGGGGGAAGCGUUUCAUUUAUUUAGGUCUAGGGAUCGGCAUUGUCUAUGCCGUCGAUAAGCAGUUCUAUUAUUCUUCCAUCUCUCGCAGUACACGAACCUUUGCACUCGGAACCCUUGUGGCUCUGGAUUAUAAGAUAAAUUUCCGUGCGCAACCUAUCUUCGCUGAAUCGAUUCCAGCAUUACAUGCCCGUAAUGCACAACGUCUGUUUGAUCUGCUACGGGAAAAUGGAGGUCUCUACCUGAAAAUUGGACAGGCAAUUGCGAUGCAAUCUGCCGUUCUUCCGCCAGAAUUUCAACGCAUGUUUCAAAAAAUGUUUGAUGAUGCACCUCAGAAUGACUGGGAAGACGUUGAAGCGGUAAUUCGUGAAGAUUUCGGAAAGAGCCCGGAAGAGGUCUUUGGGGUGAGUUUUACGGGUGAGCCUGGCAAGGGAUUGAUGGAGAGGAAAGCGAGGGCUAGUGCAAGCGUUGCACAGGUACACUGGGCGCGCUUGGCAGAUGGAACAGAAGUCGCUGUCAAGGUACAAAAGAAGGAGAUUGCGCAGCAGGUUGGUUGGGAUUUGUGGGCCUUCAAGGUUGUGAUGAAGGUUUAUUCCACGAUUUUUGAUCUCCCACUGUACAGUCUAGUCCCUUAUAUUACCGAACGUCUUCAGCUGGAGACCGACUUCGUCAAUGAAGCCAACAAUUCCGAACGUAUGGCAGAGCUCAUUGCCAAUGAGCCUCGCUUACGAGGAAAAGUCUACAUACCUAAAGUUUUUCGCGAUCUUAGCUCCAAGAGAAUCAUGACUGCCGAAUGGAUCGAGGGUGUUCGACUUUGGGACAAGGAAGCGAUCACAGGAAGAUGGCUUGGUAGUGGGCGACAGGGAAGUCCGGGUUGUCAUGGAACGCCUCUGGACCGACCGGGCCUCGACGUAUCGGAGGAUUCCUUGCGGGCAAAUUCGGUCAACGGCGAGCUCAAGCCCCGGCGCGACCAUUGGAAGGGCAAGACUGGCAAGGGUGGUCUUGGACUUUCGCUCAAGGAAGUCAUGACUAUUAUGGUCGAUCUUUUCUCUGCUCAAAUGUUCUUAUUUGGAGUGAUUCAUGCCGAUCCACAUCCUGGUAAUAUCUUUGUUCGCCGAACACCUUCAGGAAGGGCCGAAUUGGUUUUGAUUGAUCAUGGUCUCUAUGUUGAGGUUGCACCCAAGCUGCGACAUCAAUAUGCCCUUUUCUGGAAGAGCUUGAUGACCUUUGACAACAAGACUCUUGGAAAGAUUGUUAAUGAGUGGGGUAUCCACGACGUGGAUAUCUUUGCAUCGGCUACUCUGAUGAAGCCUUAUACCGGCGGUGACAUGUCCACCUCUAGAAGUAUCAGGAAGGGUCUGCGAGGCAAAGAAGAAGCCGAAAAAAUGUACGAAAUGCAGCAGAAGAUGCGAAAGGGUAUCAAGGAAAUCCUGGGUGACGAGGAGAAGUGGCCACGAGAGCUCAUCUUCAUUGGCCGGAAUCUUCGCAUUGUGCAAGGCAACAACCAGUAUCUGGGGUCACCAGUGAACCGGAUCAAAAUCACUGGUAACUGGGCGUCACGUUCGCUGGUGGACUCACCAGAUCUAACUCUCUCUCAAAGGCUCGGCAAUUUGGGUCGUCACCUCAUUUUCAAGUUUGUCAUGUUUUCCAGUGACGUGUAUUUUUACGCCAGCAAGGUGAAGCAGUUCUUUGGCAUAGGCCGGGGAAUGGAGGACGAAAUGGAAAACCAGAUGAAGCAUAUUGCAAAGGAUUUUGGCAUUGAGCUCAACCACGGCGUUUUUGAAGGUUAGAUAUCAACAAUUUAGACUCAAGGCAUCUGUAGAACCGGUCAAGCCGAAAUGAACAUAACUCUUCUCCGAUA